GGAGGAGACCGAGGGGGGCGGAGAAGGGGGCUGGGGGGAACGAAAGGCAGGCAGCUGCUAGGCGUCCUGACGGAGGGCCGAGAGCCCCAGAGGCCGCGAGGCCGCAGAGGCGGGACAGAGGGGCACACGGGCAGCCCGAGCACAGCCAGAGGGGAGCCAGCCCAGGAGACCCCCGGGGGCCAGAGGGACCCAGACGGACAGACAGAAGGCCCCAGACAAGCAGACAGAGAGAGGAGACAGGGGAGGGGGUAUCAGAACCACAGACCAGACGGCCAGACAGAGGGAGAGACGGCUCGGAGGAGAUCGAGGGAAGGAACCGAGUGAGGAGGGAAAGGAAGGGGGAAAGGAGAGAGAGGGGAGGGGGAGAGGGUCCCCGUGGCAGGAGGAGCCGCAGGAGCAGGGCAGCCGCAGAGGGCGGCGGGCAGCAGCCUUUGAAGAAGCAGCCGCAGCGUCCCCAGGGCUGGGGUCAGGCCAGGUCGCCGGCCAGGCGGGCGGCCACCAGCAUCAUGAGCAGCUCGGAGCGCCUGAGAAGGAAUUCUAGCAGACAGGGCCUGGAGAGCCUCCUGAGGCUCACCACUCAGUGGAGCGUGGAAGAUGAGGAGGAGGCCGCCCGGGAGCGGCGCCGCAGGGAGAGGGACAGGCAGCUUCGAGCCCAGGAUGAGGACGAAGGGGACCAGUCCCCGGAGCAGCUGGAGGAGGAGAAGCUCCUGAAGCCCUCGGAGGCCCCUGAACUGGAUGAAGAUGAGGGUUUCGGCGACUGGUCCCAGAAAGCAGAGCAGCGGCAGCAGCUCUGGGGGGCCAGGGAGAACCCCGACUGCGGGGAGCCCCCUCGGGGCGAGGGUCCGGAGCGGGCGCAGGAGCAGGAGCACAGGUUCAGUCUCGCUCAAAUGCAGAGCCGCGCAGACUGCCAGCGGCUGGCCUCUCCUCCCCCUGAGCCAGCGCGACCCCAGCAGCACGUGCACGGGAGCCAGGGCGAUGAUGAGCUGAGCCCAGGCGGGGUCUGUCUGGAGGAGCUGCGUCUGAGCCCCAGCUCAGAGCCCCAGGUGGGGCUGGGACCAGAGGACACAGAGCCCAGAGGCCCUGAGGGGCCCGUCCAGGGCGGCCCGGGGCUGGCAGAGACUGAGGAGGAGGACAAGCAGCACCAGGGAUGUCAGCAGCCCAGGACACCCAGCCCCUUGGUCUUGGAGGGGACCGCACCGGACUCUCCUCCCCUGAGCCCCAGCACCAAACUCAUCGACAGAACCGAGUCCCUGAACCGCUCCAUUGAGAAGAGUAACAGCGUGAAGAAGUCCCAGCCAGCCCUGCCCAUCUCCAAGAUUGACGAGCGGCUGGAGCAGUACACCCAGGCCGUCGAGACUGCUGGCCGGGUCCCCAAGCUCGCCCGCCAGCCCUCCAUCGAGCUGCCCAGCAUGGCCGUGGCAAGCACCAAGAGUCGGUGGGAGACGGGAGAGGUGCAGGCUCAGUCCGCUGCCAAGUCCCCCUCCUGCAAGGAUAUUGUAGCUGGAGACAUGAGCAAGAAGAGCCUCUGGGAGCAGAAGGGAAGCUCCAAGACCUCAUCAACAGUUAAGAGCACCCCGUCUGGAAAGAGAUACAAGUUUGUGGCCACUGGACACGGGAAGUAUGAGAAAGUGCUUGUGGACGAAGGCUCGGCGCCCUAGGCCGCCCCGCUGGCUUUCCUGAGACUGCGGCAUGGACUGGUGGCACCUCCUGGUUCCCGACCCACAUGCCCUGGACAGAGGCCGGCCCGACUAGCCACCAGCUCGGCCAAAGAAGCCGCUUCUCACUGCCGGCCCCACCCACCCUCGGCCUCCAGCACCCGCUGCCUCUGCAGCCUCUUGCUCCUGGACCCUCCAGCCUCUCCCUCUGACCCCGGGCUCUGCCCCUCACAGUUGGGUUGUUGGCUCAGGGACCACCCCCCAAGAAGCCAUGAGCUCCCAAAGCAGGCGCAGCUGUCGCAGAGAGAGGCCACGUGCCAGGCCCUCUCGGUCAGGAGCCACCAACACCGGCACAGCCCUGCUCCCACUCCUGCCCCCCACUUGCUGCCCCUCCACCAUGUGCAGUAAACCUCCCCAUGUGUUCCCAUGCAA